GAUGUCUGUUCUCCGCGUAGUCCUUGAACGCAGCAUGCUCCGGAUGUUGAUCGUUGUGUUUUGAGCAGGAAGCAUCAGGCGCGGAUAAAGGAUGCCACAUUUAUAUUGGAUUCAGCUGAUACAAGGUGGACUACAAUAAAGGGAAACACUGAUGAGGCCGUCAGAAUAAGCACACUUUUAUUCAGAACUGUGUAAAGAAAAACAGUGUAUUUGAUGUUAGCAUGUCAGACGUUUCUGUCAAGGUUUUCUCCUCUGAUGACCCCUCCCAGAGGAGAAAUUCAGCUGAGAAGAGAAAAAGGAAAAGUAAGAAGUUUCAUAAAAAGAUGCAAUACUUAGAGGCCAAAGGCUACCUAAAAAGUCCGCAGAAAUGCAACGACCACACAGGAGCCUCCACACGUGACCACUCUGCCCACCAGAACAGCUCAGCCACAGAAUGUCAGCCAAGUCCCAUCGCCACACAGAACAAACAUUUACCUCGUCACACCAGCGCUGCCCGUGAAUUUCCCUGUAGCUCCAGGCCUUCACUCACAUUCAAUCACUAUCAGCCUUCACUAACUUUCACUGUGAACAACAAAGGAAGCCAUGAAAAGCCAAAGGAACCUGCGAACACGGCAACAAAAGCCACCACCGGCACUGUCCCCUCGGCAUCGAGCAGCCGUCAACCCCCCAGCGCGGCAGCAGGGAAGCCCAGCAACCCCCUCCCUGCUGGAUCCAGCCCUUCAGUGUCCAGCAGUCAUAAACCCAGCAGCUCGUCAGCAGGGAACCCCACCAAGUACCUCGCUCUCGACUGUGAGAUGGUGGGUGUGGGACCAAAGGGCCGCAUCAGCCAGCUGGCACGCUGCAGUAUAGUGUCCUACGAAGGAGACGUGGUUUAUGAUAAGUUCAUCCACCCCACCAUGCCUGUUACUGACUACCGCACCCGCUGGAGUGGCAUCAGACCCAGAGACCUCGUCAAUGCCACAACUUACCCAGACGCCAGGAAAGAGAUACUGAGGCUGCUCGUAGGGAGGGUGGUUAUUGGCCACGCCGUUCACAACGACUUCAAGGCCCUGGGUUACUCUCACCCCCCCGCCUUGACCCGGGACACGUCCCGGAUCCCUCUGCUCAACCGCAGGGCCGGCUUUGCUGAAAACGAGGUUGCUUCGUUGAAGAGACUCACCAAAGCCAUUUUUAACCGGGACAUCCAGGUUGGAAGAAAGGGCCACUGUUCUGUGGAGGAUGCAAGAGCCAGUAUGGAGCUUUACAAAGUGGUGGAGGAGGAAUGGGAGAGGACGCUUGGCUCCAAAUCUCUGGAUAUUUAAAUGCCAGGUUUGGACAAAAAAAGAAAAAAAGUCAUUAAACAACUUCCAAAAAAUGUAUAAUAUUUGAAGGUCCUCCACCAGUGAAAAUCCAGUUGUUAUCUUGGUUAACGUGUUCAAUUUGUUCUUUUAAACAUGUCAGUGAUCACUAGUGAAAGAGCCGCCAGGAUCUCUGCUAAGUUCCAUGCAAUUUUAAUUUUUUGAUUUAUUUUCUACACAAACAAGUUAAAGUGCCUCACAAAAGGCAUGAAGAAGAAAACUACAGAAAAAAAUUAUUUAAACCAAUUAAGUUGAUUUUAAAAAAACAAACAAAAAAAACAGUAUUAUAAUGCAAAUUAAAAUAUCAGCAAAGAAAAGAACACAUAAAUGCGCAUUUAUUUUAAGCCAUCUUGGAAAUGCAACAUGGGAAUGUUGUUAUGGAUCACAUAUGUAGGAUUUCGUAUUAAUGAAGGUCGAACAACCAUCAUUGAAUUUAACACGAGAAAAGUUUUAAUGUUUAUAUGGUUUUUUUGCCAAACUUUAACUGAGAAGAGGGUUAUUGUUCAAGACUUUGAACAUUUCUUUCACAGCAUGUCUUCUACAUAUACAAGUUUGAUGAAUAUAGAUGACUUUUAGAUGUUUAAAAAACGGCUUUAGUUAAAAACUUGUUUUAUUUUCAGCAGAAUCUACACAAAUGUUUUUGAUCUCAUCAGCUGCAUUUUUCUCAGGGUUUAUAUUGCGUUGCAAAUGGUGCUCCUGCCAUGAGGCAGAAAUGACCUUCCAUUAGAAAAUGUAAAUCAUUAUAGUUAUUCUCAUGUUCUUGCAGUUUGGGUGCUGAUGAUGAAGAAAUCUCAAAAGGGGAUUCUUUAAAUGUCUACUAUUUUAAAGAAAAACGUUUUUAUUUACGGUAUUGUAAUACUGUUACCUUUGUUUUUAUCAGUGAUGCUCUUGAAGGUUGUAGCAGGGUUUGUUUUUAGGAAAACCGAUGUCAUGACUCCUUCAUAUAACUUUUGUGAAUAUAAACUCUUUUGGAC